UUUGUUUUGUAUCUCCUCUUCGAGCGAAUUAUUUUCUCCCAUAAAAAAAGAUUCAAACAUUUUCCAUAAAACCCCCACUUUGCUGGAAAACUUUUCAUUUUCCUUUUCGUUUUCCUGGAAAAUCUUCUCCGUCUUGUAUACUUUCCUUCGUUCUUCAUCCACGAGCAAUACGAAUCACUUAUACAAUAUCUAUAUAGACAAUUAUACUCGCAGAUCAUAAACCAAAAUGAGCCUAUUGGAUUUCCCCGGCAUUGAAUCAGAGAAAGCUUACGCGAUGAAGAGGUACGGCGACCGGAGGAAUUACCUGAACAUCCUCCGCGCUGCCGAAGCCAUCUCCGCCGUUGCUCUCCUCGGCUACUGGUGGUUACCAACGGCUAUGAUAUGGCUGGAAACCGCUAACGAUUGGAUCCGCCGGAUCUUCGCCGUCGUCGACAACCAUUCCGUCCUCUUUAUCCUCAUCAACGUCCUCAUCAUCUCGAUUAUCGUCCUCUCUAGCGAGAAAUCGGAAACCGAAUCAGAUCUCUACGAUCAAUACACCGCCGCCGCAACCGCCGUCGUGUAUCCGGUGCCGGUGGUGAGAGAUGAUGACUCCCACUGCAAGCGUAUCGAUCCGGUUAAACCGAGGAUCGAAUCCACCUCCGCGGCGAAUUGGAGAGUACCGGAGAAAACAGUUACGGCGGAGGAGGGGAAUCGGGUGGUGCAUUGCGUCGAGACGGUGAAGAGCAGUAGUUACCGAAGGACGCAGUCGGAGAGGAGGAGGUCGACGACAACAACGACGGAGAUGCGGCGGGUGGAGUACCGGAGGUCGGAAUCGUCGGCGGCGGAGAGGGUGAGCGCGUGGGGUUCACGCUCGGUUGAGGGGCUGAGCAAUGAAGAGUUCCGAGUGACGGUGGAGAGGUUCAUAAUGGAGAAGAAGAAGACUCUGACGGAGGAGAACGACGUCGUUGUUCCGAGAAGAGGACGUCAUAACAGUCGUUUCAUUUCUGAUGGUAGAAGAAGUAGCUGCUCUGCUUUGCUUCGGAAUUAGGGGCAAAAAUGUAAAUUCAGUAGUGAUUUGUUUUUUUUUCUUUGGGGGUAAUGUUAAGGGUUUUUCAUUUUUAAUUUCCAGUAUUUUUAAAUUUGCUGGGUUGUUUUCUUCAUUGGGUUUUUAGGCAAAAUUUCUAGCAUAAUGUAAGAAAUUUAUUAUAAGUCGUCUGGGUAUUUCAAUAGAA